GCGCCGUUCACUCUAGGGCUCCACUGUCAUGGCGGUGACGAACUGAAGCUACCGGGGCAGAUCAGGAAGCAAACCCAGCGCAGCUGGCUCAACCUUGUCAUUUUACCGAGUCUCCGGAGCUUCCCGGGCGGCGCCGAGCACACCUCCGUCUGCUACCCGCUUCUUCGGAGCCGGACAUAGGACUUCUCCCCUCCUUUGUUGGGAGUUUUCGGUUGUGAGUGUCAAGUGAGUGCGCUCGGAGACAGCAGCAACUUCCACAGCUGAAGGGGAGAAAUUAAAGUGACUGUGUCCAGAGGAGAGAGCGGGAGGACGGCUGGCCGCUCGCUGCCUGCGGUGUGCGCUGUCUUCGCGGCUUUAAUCGCAUCAAUUAAUCCGCGGGGGUAUCAAGUUACGGAGCGAGCAGGACAGAGUGGAGGAGCGGUGACAUUUCCGACCAGCACCACAUUCCCCCGUUGCUCCCUCUUCACAGCGUCCCUCAAAAAACUCCUUUAAAUGGGAAGAAAAGGGCUCUGAGUAUGUGUCUCUAGACCGCUCACAACUCAUCUGAAGGGGGAGACAGUAGAACCGUAAUACCCUCCGACCCCCUCGACGUCGGCUGCUCCCUCGCCAUUGGAGGUGAACAGGUGCCUUACCUGUGAACGCCACCUGUCCCGUCCUUCCUUAGCAAAUGGCUAGCGCAGAGGCGGCGGAGCCAGGUGAUGGAAAGGACGGGCGAGCGGGCGCCAUGCAGCUCAACCCCACGGUCCCCAUCAGGGGGAUCAGGAUGAAGUUCGCCGUGCUGGCUGGCCUGGUGGAAGUUGGAGAAGUUUCCAACCGAGACAUCGUGGAGACCGUGUUCAACUUGCUGGUCGGCGGUCAGUUUGACCUCGAAAUGAACUUCAUCAUCCAGGAGCCAGAGAGCAUUGUGUGCAUGGUGGAGCUGCUGGACAAGUGUGAGCCCACGUGUCAGGCCGAGAUCUGGAGCAUCUUCACCGCCAUCCUCAAGAAAAGCGUGCGGAACCUGCAGGUGUGCACUGAGGUGGAGCUCAUCCAGCAGGUGCUGCACAGGAUCUCCACCACUGACAGCAUGAUUGCAGACCUGCUGGUGGACAUGUUGGGUGUGCUCGCCAGCUACAGCAUCACAGUAAAGGAGCUCAAGCUUUUUUUCAGCAAGCUGCAAGGGGAGCAGGGCCAGUGGCCGCGUCACGCCGUGAAGCUUCUGUCGGUGCUGAAGUACAUGGCUCACAGGAACGGUCCAGACUCCUUCUUCAGCUUCCCUGGGAAGAAUGCAGCUGCUAUAGCUCUACCCCCCAUUGCAAGAUGGCCGUACCAGAAUGGAUUUACCUUCCACACGUGGAUCCGAAUGGAUCCUCUAAACAACAUCAACGUGGAUAAAGACAAGCCUUAUCUAUACUGCUUCCGCACCAACAAAGGCAUGGGCUACUCUGCACACUUUGUGGGCGGCUGUUUGAUAGUGACCUCAUUGAAGUCAAAGGGCAAAGGCUUCCAGCACUGCGUGAAGUACGACUUCAAACCACAGAAGUGGUACAUGGUGACUCUGGUUCACGUCUACAAUCGGUGGAAGAACAGUGAAAUCAGCUGCUUUGUGAACGGAGAGCUGGCCUCCUACGGAGACAUCGCCUGGUUCGUCAACACCAGCGACACGUUCGACAAGUGCUUCCUCGGAUCGUCUGAGACGGCCGACGUGAACCGUGUCUUCUGUGGACAGAUGGGCGCCGUUUACCUGUUUGCAGAAGCUCUCAGCGCCGCUCAGAUCCUGGCCAUCUAUCAGCUGGGCCCUGGCUACCAGGGAACGUUCAAGCACAGGGCGGAGAGCGACCUUCUCUUUGAGGAGCAUCAUAAGACGCUGCUGUACGACGGCAAGCUGGCCUCCGGCAUCGCCUUCACCUACAACCCCUGCGCCACAGACGCCCAGCUCUGCCUGGAGUCCUCCCCGAAGGACAACGCCUCCAUCUUUGUCCACUCUCCACACGCUCUCAUGCUGCAGGACGUGAAGGCUGUGGUAACUCACUCGGUGCAGAGUGGCAUCCACUCCAUCGGUGGCAUCCAGGUCCUCUUCCCUCUGUUUGCACAGCUGGAUUAUUGGCAGCCUUGCAGUCAGGAGCCCGACACAUCUGUCUGCUGCACGCUGCUAUCCUUCAUGAUGGAGCUCUUGAAGAACUCCGUGUCCAUGCAGGAGCAGGUUCUGGCCUGCAAGGGCUUCCUCGUCAUCGGCUACACGCUGGAGAAGUCCUCCAAGGUGCAUGUAACGCGGCCCGUCCUGGACAUUGUCCUGGCCUUCUCCAGAUACCUCAGCAACCUGCAGAAUGGCAUCUACUUACUCAAGCAGCUGUGUGAUCACAUUCUGUUCAACCCAGCCAUCUGGAUCCACGCCCCUGCCAAGGUGCAGCUGAUGCUCUACACCUACUUGGCGACAGAGUUCAUCAGCACGGUGACAAUUUAUAACGCCGUCCGCAGGGUGGGCACCGUGCUGCAGGUCAUGCAUACCCUGAAGUACUUCUAUUGGGUCGUCAACCCCCACGACCGCAGCGGAGUCAUACCCAAAGGCGUCGACGGUCCGCGGCCCAAUCAGAAGGAGAUGCUCUCUCUGCGAGCCUUUCUGCUGCUCUUCAUCAAGCAGCUCAUUAUGAAGGAUCAUGGCGUGAAGGAAGACGAGCUGCAGAGCAUCCUCAACUACCUCCUUACCAUGCACGAGGAUGAAAACCUGAUGGAUGUGCUGCAGUUGUUGGUGGCUCUGAUGUCUGAACACCCUGGCACCAUGGUCCAAGCCUUCGACCAGAGAAACGGAAUCCGGGUUAUUUAUAAGCUGCUGGCCUCCAAAAAUGAAGGGAUAAGAAUCCAGGCCCUGAAGGUCAUGGGCUACUUUCUAAAGAGCUUAUCAGCAAAGAGGAAGUCUGAGGUCAUGCUGACCCACGGCCUUUUCUCGCUGCUCACCGAACGCCUGAUGCUCCACUCCAACCCGUUCACCAUGACGACCUACAACACCCUGUUUGAGAUUCUAACAGAGCAGAUCUGCACCCAGGUGAUCCACAAGCAGCAUCCAGACCCCGACUCCUCUGUGAAGAUCGUCAACCCGCAGAUGCUGAAGGUAAUCGCUGCUCUGCUGAAGAACUGCCCCCAGUCGCCUGAGAGCAUGGAGGUCCGCCGGGUCUUCCUGUCAGACAUGAUCAAGUUGUUCAAUAACAGCCGAGAGAACCGCAGGAGCCUGCUGCAGUGCUCCGUGUGGCAGGAGUGGAUGCUCUCCCUCUGCUUCGUCAGCCCGAGCAACAACGAGGAGCAGAAAAUCACCGAGAUGGUCUACGCCGUCUUCCGCAUCCUGCUCUACCACGCCAUCAAGUACGAGUGGGGCGGCUGGCGCGUCUGGGUGGACACCUUGUCCAUCACCCACUCCAAGGUGACCUUUGAGCAGCACAAAGAAAGUUUGUCCCGCAUGUUCCGUCAGUACCAGCACCAGGGGUCGACCAGUUCUCACAGCACCAUUCGCACCAUCUCUGGAGUGAGCCAAAUCUCUGAAGAUACCAAAUCUGUCAACGGGUCGCCUGCUGAAGAGAUGGCGCCCUCAACGGUCGUCGAGCUCACAGUAAACGAAGGGUCCCAAAAAUCCCUCCGCUCAGCGUCCAGUUCCACCAUCACUUCUAUGCCUGUGGAGUCUGCAGAGGACAGGAGCCAACCAUCCGUCAUCGUGUCCAACAUCCUGGCCGGAGCUGAGGAAGAGCAGAAAGUGGAGUUCUCUUCUGGUGAUCAAUCAAACGUUGACAAAGAAACUUCUACUGCGGUGCACAAAGAUGAAGUGACUGAGCCACCAUCUGAGAAAAGCAGCCAAAAUGCAGAAACGUCAGGGAAUGCCCAGAGUGAAGCUUCUGGUCCAACAACGAAAGAAGAUUCUGCUGCCCCAACAAAGGAUGACGCGCAGACAGAGGUAGCCCACCUUGAACAAGGGGAUUCAUCAGAGCUCUCAACCGAAGAGUCAAGUGUAGCUUCUGAAAAAGGAGACGAGAGCAAGCAGAUGUCCUCCGAGCCUCCAGCUCCCCUGGAGAACAGCGUGCUGGGCGGAGCUUCCAUUUUCAACGAGGACUUGGUCGACGUGUCGUCCGUUAGCGACCAGAUCAACCCGAGCGAUGUGGAUGAUAGCCAAGAAGAGUCGUCUUAUGCUUCAGCUGCUGCGGGAGAAGAAGGAGAGCCUGUGAAAAAAGCGGAAGAUGAACAUGAAGGGGAUGGAAGCAAAACAAAAGAUCUCAGAGAACAGGAGCCAAAAACGGAAGAAGGCAAACAGGAAACAGGGACGGUGAGAAGAGAAGAACAAGAGAAGGACUCUGUCGAGAACCAGGUGCCUUGCUCGGAAAGUCCCGCUCCAGAAACUGAAGUAGCUGACCAAAGUGUCAAGGAACUCACCAAAGAAAAUGUUAGUGGUCCGGAGUCUUCCUCUAAGUCAGAAGGUGCUGCUUCAGACCGACAGGAGGCAGCAGCUCCAGAGGCAACCCCACAAAGCCAGCCUUCAGAGUCCAGUAUGUCCGCCACAGAGGAGACCCCUCCGGAUGCCCCUGACACCAGCACCCCAGGCUCCAGCACCAGCAAGACUCCAGAUCCUGCCAGAAAGACCAAAGAGACCAAAAUCGCCCGGCUAGACGUGGCAAAUGUUGCCGUGGACACAGAGAGACUUGAACUCAAGGAGACCUCUAUUACAGAAUCAAGCCAAGGCCAAACCACAGGCGCAGCAGGGGAAGCAGGAAGUCCACCAGGCCGGCCAGAAGACAGCAGCACCUCGGCUCCUCGCUCCACCAUGUUCCGUAUCCCAGAGUUCCGCUGGUCCCACAUGCAUCAGCGCCUCCUCACCGACCUACUCUUCUCUAUUGAGACAGACGUUCAGGCGUGGAGGAGUCACUCCACAAAAACGGUCCUGGACUUUGUGAACAGCAGCGAGAACACCGUGUUUGUCCACAACAGCAUCCACCUGGUGUCCCAGGUGGUGGACAACCUGAUCAUGGCCUGCGGAGGCAUCCUGCCUCUGCUGUCCGCUGCUACGUCUGCCUCUCAUGAGCUGGAGAACAUCGAGCCGUCCCAGGGUCUGCCGGUGGAGGCCUCCGUCACCUUCCUCCAGCGCCUCAUCAACCUGGCGGACGUUCUCAUCUUCGCCAGCUCUCUGAACUUCACCGAGAUCGAAGCGGAGAAGAACAUGUCGUCGGGGGGAAUCCUGCGCCAGUGCCUCCGCCUCGUAUGUGCUAUAGCAGUGAGAAACUGUCUGGAGUGCCAACAAGCCCAGUUUAAAGGGGCAGAAGGUCCAACCAGAAGCUACACCGUCAUGCCCAGCACCGCAGUGGGAACGGCCAUGUCUGCGUCUGCUCAGAGUCCCGUCGACGCGGUGACAGGGGGAAUGUCCACCGUCAGAGACCUGGACCGGCUCCUCCAGGACAUGGACAUCAACCGCCUCAGGGCCGUCGUGUUCAGAGACAUCGAGGACAGUAAGCAGGCUCAGUUUCUGGCGCUGGCUGUGGUCUACUUCAUCUCAGUCCUCAUGGUGUCAAAGUAUCGGGACAUCCUGGAGCCCCACAACGACAGGAAACCCCCUCUCCGCUCCCAGUCUACCAGGAGUACAGACAGCAGCGCCGAGGUGGAGAACGGCGUCUCUUUAAGACGCUACGACUCGGGCAUCGGCGAUGACCACACGUCGGCUGUGGCCAGCGAGGCCGACCUGGCUUCCUCCGGCGGCCCGGACGCCGUCUCGGAAGCCCUGUCCACUCUGUCCUCCGAGGUCCGCGGCCCGACCUCCGCCGACUCCAAGUCCAAGAACGUGAAGGACAUCCUCCGCAGCCUGGUGAGCUCGCCGGCCGAAGACGUCAUGGUGGACCCCAGUCUGCUGCCCCUGUCCUUUAUGGGACCCGUGACCCACUUGGACCGGCGAUCAUCGCUCCAGUUUCGCUCAUUCGAUAGAAGCGUCGUCGUCGCACCGAGGCAAGCCGGCGUGUUGCCAUCUCAAGUGUCUCCCGCCCCCGCCCAGACCUCCGCCGCCGCUUCAGUCUCCGCCGGGACGCCGGUGGACGGCGUGGCCGUGGUGUCCUCAGGCGACGCCUCCCAGGUCCUCUCUGUGGACGCUGCAGAUUCAGGCGGCCAGGUUCCAGCCAGCUCCAGCCUGCCAUCUGUCCCCCCACUCUCCCCUGUGACCCAGAACACAGCCCCCAACAUGAGCAUCUCGGAGCGCCUGGAGCACGCGUUGGAAAAGGCCGCUCCGCUUCUGAGGGAGAUCUUUGUGGACUUCGCCCCGUUCCUGUCCCGGACCCUGCUGGGCAGCCACGGACAGGAGCUGCUCAUCGAGGGCACCAGUCUGGUGUGCAUGAAGUCCAGCAGCUCGGUGGUGGAGCUCGUCAUGCUGCUGUGUUCUCAGGAAUGGCAGAACUCCAUCCAGAAGAACGCAGGACUGGCCUUCAUCGAGUUGGUCAACGAAGGCAGGCUUCUCAGCCACACGAUGAAGGACCAUCUGGUUCGCGUAGCCAACGAGGCCGAGUUCAUCCUGAGCAGACAGCGGGCCGAAGACAUCCAUAAACAUGCAGAAUUUGAGUCGAACUGCGCCCAGUAUGCGGCAGAGAAGCGAGACGAGGAGAAGAUGUGCGACCACUUGAUCAGAGCCGCCAAGUUCCGCGACCACAUGACCUCCACCCAGCUCAUCCAGAAGAUCGUCAACAUUCUGACUGACAAACACGGAGCCUGGGGAAGUUCGUCCGUCAGCCGGCCGAGGGAGUUCUGGCGCCUGGACUACUGGGAGGACGAUUUAAGGAGACGACGGCGCUUCGUCAGGAACCCGUUUGGAUCCAGUCACUCGGAAGCGGCGCUCAAAGCGGCCGCCGAACACGCGUCCGAGGACGACAUCCUGAAGCAGUCCAUCAGGAGCCAGGCUCUGGCCAAUCAGAACACGGAGAGCGAGGCGUCCCUGGACGGGGACGACGACACUCUGUCCUCCCUGGAGGACAAAGACCUGGAGAACCAAACAGGCCCGGUCAACCUGAGCACCAGCGCCCAGCUCGUCGCUCCGGCUGCGGUGGUGAAAGGCACCCUGUCGGUCACCGCCUCCGAGCUCUUCUUCGAGGUGGAUGAGGACGAUCCGAGCUACAAGGCCGUCGAUCCAAAGAUAUUGUCCUACACUGAAGGUCUUCAUGGAAAAUGGCUGUUCACAGAGAUCCGGGCCGUGUUUUCCAGACGCUACCUUCUGCAGAACACAGCUCUAGAAGUGUUCAUGGCAAACAGAACGGCCGUCAUGUUCAACUUCCCAGAUGCAGCCACGGUAAAGAAGGUGGUCCACAGCCUUCCUCGUGUCGGAUUGGGCACAAACUUCGGUCUUCCUCAGAUCAGACGUAUUUCUCUGGCCACACCCAGGCAGCUCUUCAAGACGUCCAACAUGACGCAGCGCUGGCAACGGCGCGAGAUAUCCAACUUCGAGUACCUGAUGUUCCUCAACACCAUCGCCGGUCGCACCUAUAACGACCUGAACCAGUACCCGGUUUUCCCCUGGAUCAUCACCAACUAUGAGUCACCAGAACUGGACCUGACUCUACCUAGCAACUACAGAGACCUGUCUAAGCCCAUUGGAGCGCUGAACCCCAAGAGGGCGGCGUUCUUUUCAGACAGAUACGAGUCCUGGGAGGACGACCAGGUGCCCAAGUUCCACUACGGGACCCACUACUCCACCUCCAGCUUCACCCUGAUGUGGCUGCUCCGCAUCGAACCCUUUACCACGUUCUUCCUUAACUUCCAAGGAGGGAAGUUCGACCACGCCGACCGCACCUUCUCCUCCGUGUUCAGGGCCUGGAGGAACUGCCAGAGGGACACAUCUGACGUUAAGGAGCUGAUCCCAGAGUUCUUCUACCUGCCUGAGAUGUUCGUCAAUGCCAACAACUACAACCUGGGAGUGAUGGAGGACGGCACCGUUGUCUCUGACGUGGAUCUUCCGCCUUGGGCCAAAAGCUCGGAGGAGUUUGUUCGCAUCAAUCGGCAGGCUCUGGAGAGCGAGUUCGUGUCCUGCCAGCUCCACCAGUGGAUUGACCUGAUUUUCGGCUACAAGCAGCAGGGACCCGAAGCUGCCAGGGCCCUCAAUGUUUUCUACUAUCUGACAUAUGAAGGCGCGGUCAACCUGAGCUCCAUUAACGACCCCAUGCUCAGAGAGGCCGUGGAGUCUCAGAUCAGGAGUUUUGGACAGACUCCUUCUCAGCUGCUCAUUGAGCCACACCCGCCUCGAAGUUCAGCCAUGCAGGUGUAUCUUCUCCUGCAGACGCCGCUGAUGUUCACGGAGCAGAUGCAGCAGGACGUCAUCAUGGUGCUGAAGUUCCCGUCCAAUUCUCCUGUGACGCACGUGGCAGCCAACACCCAGCCGGGCCUCGCGUCGCCCGCCAUCAUAACCGUCACCGCCAACCGCCUCUUCUCUGUCAACAAAUGGCACGGCUUGGCAGGUCAUCAGAACGCCGGGGAGCAGCAGUACCAACUUCCUGUGGAAAUUGACCCUUUGAUAGCCAGCAACGUGGGCUGUCACCGGCGUCAGAUCUCAGACCUCCUGGAUCAGAGCAUCCAGAUCAGCUCGCAGUGUUUCGCCAUCACCGCCGACAACCGCUUCAUCCUGCUGUGUGGCUUCUGGGACAAGAGCUUCCGGGUCUACUCCACCGACACAGGGAAGCUGACGCAGAUCGUGUUCGGACACCGGGACGUGGUGACGUGCCUCGCCCGCUCCGAGUCGUACAUCGGCGGGGACUGCUACGUCCUGACGGGCUCCAGAGACGCCACCCUGCUGCUGUGGUACUGGAACGGAAAGCUCAGCAGCAUCGGGGAGAGCCCAGGCACAGAGUUUACCACACCGAGGGCCAUCCUGACGGGACACGACUGUGAGGUGACGUCUGUCAGCGUUUGUGCUGAGUUGGGUCUCGUCAUCAGCGGCUGCAAGGAGGGUCCUUGCCUGGUCCAUUCCAUGAACGGAGACCUGCUCCGGACCCUGGAGGGCCCGGAGAGCUGCCUGCGGCCCCGGCUCAUCCAGUCCUCCAGCGAGGGCCACUGCAUGAUCUACUAUGACAAGGGACACUUCUGUCUCUUCAGCGUCAACGGCAAGCUGCUGCUCCACAUGGAGGUGCAGGACAACAUCAAGGCCAUGCUGCUGAGUCGGGACGGUCAGUAUUUGCUGACGGGUGGAGAUGGUGGAGUCGUGUCCGUCUGGCAGGUGUCUGACCUCAAACAGCUCUUCACCUUUCCUGGCUGUGACGCAGGGAUCCGCUCCAUGGCAAUGUCACAUGAUCAACGGUGCAUCAUCACUGGCAUGGCGUCUGGCAGCAUCGUCCUCUUCUACAACGACUUCAACAGGUGGCAUCACGAGUACCAGACCAGAUACUGAGGUCCAGACCGCAGCGCCUCCAGCUGUCCCGACGUGAACUCUUAUCAAACGGCGCUGUUCUGCCAACAGCUCCGCGUUCUGAAUGUAUCUCGGUGGAAAGAGGGAGUGGGGAGGAGGAUCUGUUCUGUAAGAGCAACAAACUAUUUUUAAAAAAAGGGCAUUGCUAUAUAUUUUGUAGAUCAGAUAGAAAACGUUUCCUAUAACUCUUUAAGGUGGGGGGGUUCUGUAACGGUUUGAGUGGAAAUGAUCUAUUUUUAGCUGUAAGAGUCUAUUUUCAUCUCCUCCAGGAAUAGAGCAGGGGGGACGGGAACAUGUUAGGCUGAAAAAUCCAAAUAUUUAUGUACUUUGGAUUGAGUGAUUUGUGUUGGUGUGUGUGUGUGUGUGAGGGGAAUAAUUAUUGAACUAUGCUUCACUUGAACAUGCUUUUUUUUUUUCUUAUUCUGGAAACACAGCAAGUAGGUAGGAAAUGUUUGAAUAAAAAAAAAACAAAACUAUGUACUUGACAGAAAGAUGAGCAAAGAGAGAAAACUUAGUGAUACUAUCUAUAUACACACCGUCCUUAUUUAAGAUGUCUGCUCCCACUGUGCUUGCUCUGAUUGUUUAUGUGUGAGGCUCAUAUUCAGCAGUUAUCAGUUUAUUUAAUGUCUAAGAUCCAAAACUUCCCCGUUAUCAGCCGUUUAAAUAAGUCUGCCUUCGUUCAAAGAAUCAUUUCUUUUACAUUUCCUCUAGUGGUGAGCUAGUUCCUCUAAAACCUCAACUCUGACUUUAGUCUCCAAAGGUCAGCGUGAGAAGUGCAGCGAAAGGAUGAACUUUUUCCCAUUUCUGCUUGUUUUAUUGAAUUUAAAUCAUAUUCAUUAAUUUACAGAAUGAAUUGUUUUUGACACGUUGUCCAGCAACAAAUUGUCUCUUGAACAAGCAUCCACCUCCAGCAUAAGUGAUUAGUAAGAAGACAUUCCUGUCUAUAAAGUCUGUGCUUUGUCAUUUUGUCUCUGAUCAUUUGAAGAUGAACUAUAACUCAUUAUUUUUGCAAUCAUUUGGAGUGUUUUUGUUUGCCGAGUUCUGACAAUAAAAAUGAAUUUUAUUACUUGA